CACUCAUGGAAUGUUUUGGUCGUCCACUUUGAUUAAAUCAGAAGCACGGGAAGCGGAAAGCGCCAGAGAGUUACACAAAUCUUUAUGCUUGUUUACUGACGCACGGGCGAGGGAGGGGACUUUUAUUUUAAAAUCACCCACCAUGUCAAAGAUGUGCUAAAGGUCCGUGCUGUCGCUGAGGACAGCGGAGAAACUGUACUCGUCAAUACCUCGACGAUGAAUGUAAAAACAGCUCGUCGCUUAAUACUGAGGUCUCUGCGUCCGUGUUAUACGCCCGCUCGUCGGGGUCAUCGACAAAGCGCGAGCCAACCUCCAAAACAUGCCACGCGAGCAGAGAGGACUGGAUUCAGUCCAGCAUCAACAUCAAAAUAUGACUGGAUCGGUCCAGCAGACAGACUGUCAAACCUGAGGCCCAUCAUCUAUCACAUCCCCGAGAACGAGACGGCCCUGGAGAGGAGGCUGAGGCGCCUGAGACAGGAGACUGAAGACUGGAACCACGAGUUCUGGGCCGAGCAGAACCUCACAUUCAGCCAGGAAAAGGAGGAAUAUGUGAGAUCGCGACUGUCGUCAAAUGGGCUGUCAGAGAGAGAUGAUGAUGGAAGGAAAAGGACUUUAAGCAGUGAGGAGAUGGCAGUAUUUUACAAACACUUUUUAGACAAAAACGUUACAAGGCAUGCCACUUAUAACAGGGAAUGGUACAGAAGGAACUUCACCAUUACUCUUCUGAUGGCAAAAGUAGCUCUCCACAACACAUGGAGCACACUGACCGGACAGACCAGAGGACCCGGCCGGGAGAAAGGCAACACUACAUGACACGCAAAUAAAGACUGUAAAACAGUUAA